AUGGCCAACCUGAUGCUGCUCGUCGUGACGCUGGCGCUACUGAGCUGCGCCGAGUCACAGAUCACCUACAACUAUCCGCACCCGAAGAUACCCUUCCGCCCGCCUGCAGCAAUUCCAAACGCGGCGACCAAGUAUGUGGUGCAAGCCCUUGGACGCACCUACGAGCUGCAAUCGCAGAAGUCGCCAGCGGUCUACACGGCACAUCAAACGUACACGGUGCCCAAUCGUCAGCUGCAGCAACAGCAGCAACCACAGCCGCAAUCGCAGCCGCAGCAACCGUUAGUUGCCAGCUACUACAGACAGCCGCAGCCGGUGGCAGUGACCAGAGCUCAGGUGCAGCCAGCGGUCACUUAUGUGCCACCGCCGCCACCAGCGCAGCCGGAGCAGUCCGACAGCAAUCCACUGCCCUAUGCCGUUGUCACACUGCCCAAUGGCCAGCAAGUGCAGGACGGCGGUCAUGGCAAUGGCCCAGUGCUGCCCGUGGUCGAGCAGCAGGCGGCACCAAAACGCGUUGGCGACUAUAGCGGCCAGUCGCAGAGCGCCAUGCUGGAUGCCUACGACUACAAGCAGUCGGUGGCAGGUGAGUCGCGCGGCUAUAAGCGCCUCGUGACCAACUGCGAGCCCAACGGACAGUGCCAGCAGCUGCAGCUGGAGCCGGGUCAGAUCGAUGCCAACCACUUUGAAGUGCUGAAGAAGGCUCGAGCCAAAACGGUGAGCCUUAAGAAUAACUCCCAGGACAACCAGCUGUCGCAGGCUGCAGAGGCGAACGCCAAUGGCCAGCGGACACCGCACGACAGACGCGCAUAUCAGCACUUGCAUGAGCAGCUGGAUGUGUAUCCCUAUAACUAA